CGCGUGCCAGCGAAAGGUGAAAUCCCGAGAGGGGGACCCAGCGCCGCUGAGCAAGGAGGGGGAGGAGCCCUGCCGGCGUGGCAACAAGAUGGCCUUGGUUCCUUACGAUGACACCGCUCUUUGGGGGAUGCAGAAGUUACAUAAAUCUUCCUCCACGUAUACUUUUGCAAACCGUACCAUUGAGAUCAAGCAGAAUUGGAAUCAGUUGGGUGUGGCUGCUGUGGUAUGGGAUGCGGCUGUGGUCUUGUGCACUUUCUUAGAGGUGGAAAGUAUCGAUUUAGAAGGACGUUUGGUAAUUGAAUUAGGAGCUGGGACAGGCCUGGUGGGAAUCGUAGCUGCUUUACUUGGUGCACAUGUUACAAUCACAGACAGGAAGGCUGCCUUGGCAUUACUCGAGUCAAAUGUACAAACUAAUUUACCUGCUGCCCUCCAGCCAAGAGCAACGGUGAAGGAAUUGACUUGGGGACAGGAUUUGGCCGGCUUCUCUCCAGGAGGGUAUGACUUUAUUUUGGGUGCGGACAUCGUUUACCUGGAAGAAACAUUUCCAGAUCUUCUUCACACGCUGGACCAUCUCUGCUCUGACCAGACCGUAAUUCUGCUAUCAUGCCGCCUCCGCUACGAGCGGGAUCAGAACUUCUUGAACAUGCUGAGAGGGCUUUUUUCAGUCCAGGAGAUGUUCUAUGAUGCUAGUAAUGACGUGCAUAUCUUCAAAGCACAGCGGAAGGUUCAGAAGGAAGAUUUGUGAUUUGAUUCAUUGCGAAUGAUGGACAGUUCAUGUCCCAUUCCAUCCACAGUAUAUGUGGACCAAAUAACUUACAUUAAAGUGCAAUCCUAUGCAUGUUUAGAUGGGGGAAAGGCCUGGGGCCUGCUGGGAGUUGAAGCCUUUCCCCCCAUCUAAACAUGCAUAAGAUUGCACCCUAAAUAUUUCCACCAGCCCCUCUUGCUUGUUUUGAUUCAUGUGGUAACUCAGACCAUACAAAGUAUGGCCCUGAAUAAUUAGUAAGCAAAAUCAUGGCUAGAACUGCAUUUG